AUGGCUCAUCAAGCUCUACUCGAAAACCUUUAUCAAGAUGGCCCAGCAGUCUACAAGGCGAUCAGUGUGCUCCUCGUCCUUGCCACGGUACUCUAUCUCCACUCGCGUUCCGCCGUUAAGGAUGUUUCGAGGUUUCCAUUGAUCGGACAGAAUGUGGGGGGUUUCUCGAAGAGACGCAGGUACUUUGUCAACCAUGCCUUGGAACUAUUUCUCGAAGGAUACCUGAAGUUCAAAGACUCUGUGUGGCGUGUCACUUCAACAGAUGGCGAGGUGCUAGUGCUUCCUCUUCGUUACGCCGAGGAACUUCGCGAACUACCAGAGGAUGUUGUUAGUAGCAAUGCAGCCAACGAAAUGACCUUCGAAACAAAAUUGCUCGGCAUCACUCCGGAUAAUCCAUUAAUGGUCCACGUCGUCAAGUCGGAUCUUACCCACAACCUCUCGCAAAUAAAUGCAUCGCUAGCCCUCGAGGUGUCGCGGACAGUAUCUGAUGAAGUUGGGCUCUGCGAAGACUGGACGGAAAUCAACAUCUCCCAAAAGCUGCUCAAGAUUGUGGCCAUCGUUUCGGGACAUGUCUUCCUCGGCCCUGAUUUGUGCCGGCGGGAAGAGUACCUCCACGCCAGUAUCGACUUUACCGUCGAUCUGUUCACUGCUAUCGCUGCUCUUAAGCGCUGGCCAAAAUCUUUGCGCUUUGCCGCCAAGUACUGGAUCCCUCAACUCAAAACAGUCAACGAGCAUCGGCGACGUGUGCACGAGUUCCUAGUACCAAUACUCCGGGAAAGGAGAGCACUUCGAGCCAAAGGCGAAGAGCCACCGAAAGACAUGCUACAAUGGCUCCUGGACAAGUCUGACCAGUUCAACGUACGGACUGAUGAGGAAUUGGCUGAGACCCAGCUUAUCUUGGGCAUGGCGGCUAUUCACACUACGACCAUGACAGCAACUCAAAUUAUAUACGACCUUAUUGGAUAUUGCCCCGAAGUCAUCCCCGAGCUGCGCGCGGAGGUCAGGUCGGUCCAGGCAACCAACGGUGGCGUCAUGACAACGCAAGCACUCUACCAGAUGAAGCUCCUCGACUCGGUGAUGCGCGAGUCUCAACGGCAGAACCCCAGCAACAUCGUACGCAUGCAGCGGUGCGUCCUGAAGCCGGUACGCUUCUCAGACGGCACCGAAAUCCCAGCCGGUACCUCGGUCGCCGUUCCUGCGCUUCCCACCCUGCAGGACCCCAAGCUAUACUCGGACCCAUCCAGCUACGAUCCCUACCGCUUCGCUCGCCUUCGGGCAGGCCAGUCACAAGAUCUUAUCAACUAUGCAGCAAGGAGUUGUACCAGUUCAUCUCGGUGA